AUGUAUGACGCCUCGGCACCACUCGAAGAAGACACAGACGACGAAAUGCCACUGCUUGAACACCACUGGGACGACGAUCACCCACCAAUACACUCGCUUCCUGCCCACGCUCUCUCAUCGUCCAUGGAGUGUCUCUCAUCCCUCACCGAUCCAGUACGAGCCUACUUCUUCCCCACUGCGUCGGGCAAACCGCGCUCGAAGUCUGCAAGCCAUGUCGAGCGCUCACCACUUUGUAGCACGAAGACUUGUCGAGAGUCGAUCGAGUUACUACAAGCGCCGCCUCCAAGCGCGCAGGCGAACGGGGAGACGAAGAGAGCGAGUCUGCGCGCCGUACGAGAGAAACGGCAAACCGCUUACCUUCUCGCCUCACAAGCUAAGCGCGAGGGCCAGCAUCGCCACCAGCUAGAGCUGUUUCGUGGUUUAUCCGGCAGAGACGGAGAGCGCAGCCAACUGCCAAGGAGGGAGAAGAGGCAGAUCAACGACGCAGAGAUGGAGAAGCUGUUAGCCCCUGUUCAGAGCAAGUUGAAUCGGUUGAGAACGACGACGAUCCCGCCCUACAAUUCCCGCAUCAACGUCAAGUAUGGAGCGCAGGUGCUGAAGGAUAGACUUCUGCCUGUUGGCAAGCAUGUCUUGGCGCUAUUGCAAAGAGAGAGAGAGGAGAGGCGGGGAGCGCUGGAGAUUGAGAUUUGCAAGCAUAUUGCGGACACGUACUGGCCGAGCGAGGUUGUUGAGGUGAGUCAUUUGAGGGUCAUGGAGAUUUACCGCAAUGCGGUGUUUUAUGAGGAAAUGGAGGUGGAACCGUGCUUUGGAGAGGAGGUCAAAGGUGGUUGA